CAGAUUUCCACAAUAACGUCACAUCCUUUCUCUUCUGUGUGUCACCAAAAUUCAUUUCUUUUAUCCCACACACACUCAGUCCCUCUCAUUCCUUAACUUUUGUUUUUGUUUCUUAGAAGAAAUUUCAAAAGUGAGUUUCCAUUCCAAUUCCCUUCUUCUUCUUCUGAUCUUCUUCAUCAAACCAUGUCUGUAAUGCUUGACAAUUGUGAAGGCAUCUUACUUUCUUUGGACUCUCACAAGUCUGUACCUGCCCCUUUCCUCUCCAAAACCUAUCAAUUAGUCGACGACCCCUCGACCGAUCACAUUGUCUCUUGGGGCGAAGACGACACCACUUUCGUCGUCUGGCGCCCCCCCGAGUUCGCCCGCGAUCUCCUCCCCAACUACUUCAAACACAACAACUUCUCUAGCUUUGUUCGUCAACUCAACACUUAUGGUUUUAGGAAGAUUGUGCCAGACAGAUGGGAGUUUGCGAAUGAGUUCUUCAGAAAAGGUGAGAAGCAUUUGUUGUGUGAGAUUCAUAGACGAAAAACAGCUCAGCCUCAACUGCCUUACAGCCAUCACCAUCUUGGAAAUCUCAAUGCUCCUAGUUUUUUCCCGUUUUCGACUCGAGUUAGCAUCUCGCCGUCAGAUUCAGACGAGCAGAUCAAUUGGUGCGACUCACCACCAGCACCACCGAAAGGUGGGGCGAGUGGAUAUUCGGUUAUGGGAAGUGGAAUUAUUAGUAACAAUAGUAGUACGAGUAGUUACAAUAUGAUGAGUUCGGUGACAGCUUUGUCUGAGGAUAAUGAGAGGUUGAGGAGGAAUAACUCUAUGCUGAUUUCGGAGCUUACUCAUAUGAGGAAACUUUAUAAUGAUAUUAUUUAUUUUGUUCAAAACCAUGUCAAGCCUGUUUCUCCUAGCAAUUCUUUCCCUUCUUUACUUCUUUGCCAUCCUUCUUCUACUACUCCUAAUUCCCAGAAACCCCUUAAUCAUUUUCUUGGAUCCUCUCCUUCUACUACUCAUUCUAAUACUGCUACUAUUACUACUAACCACUUUUCUAUUCCUGCUACUAUCGGUACGCCUCAUUUUGUCAGCUCUCCAACUGCAACGUCGAAGAGUGCAGUUACAGAGCUCGACGUUGGGGAGGCUGAUAACAAUAGUUGCAAAACCAAGCUGUUUGGAGUGCCGAUUUCAUCGUCCAAGAAAAGGAUGCAUCCUGAUACUACUAAUUACGUUUCUAUUUCUUCCAGUGUCUCAGAUACCAACAAGAAUUCUCGCUUGCUCUUGGAAAAAGGUGACAAUUUGGGGCUCAAUCUUAUGCCUCCUUCCACUUCCUAGCCAUUGCUCAUCCUCCAAUACCCUCUUUUUUCUUUUUCAAUUCUCUUAAGAUUAUUCAAUUUUUUAUUAUUCCUUUUUUUUCUUUUGUUAUUUUUGAGCGAAUCGGUUCGGUUCAGUUCACUUCAAGAACUAUUGGAGUAUUUUGUGUGAGGAAGUUGUGAAAAUGUGUAUGUGAUUAUCUUGUACAUCUCCAUCUUUGUUAUUCUAAUGCUCAUGAAAGUUAGUUAAUUAAA